GUAUCAUGCAUGCCAGUCAUAUGUGAUAUAUACUCAUGUAGGCACUCGUUGUUUGGUUUUGGAUUUUCAUUCACGUGUUACGACCUCGCACAGUGGUUCAGUACAAGCAUGGAGUUUACUGGAGUCGUCGUCGAAUUCAUAAUACUCACCAACACAGUCAUAACAUUUGUGAUUUCCGAAUCAUUGGAUUGUACACCCCGAUCACAACCGGACAACGGGCAGGUGAUUUUUACGUCGUCGAAAAAUUGGAGAAGGGCCGUGGAAGUGUACCAAUGUGAUGCUGGGUACGUUCUCACAGGUCAAACAAAGCACACGUGUAUCGAAGGAGAAUGGUCCGGUUACGUACCGUCUUGCACUUUGUAUACUGGUGUCAGUCACAGCAACAAUAUUAUCAGCUCGGCGGAAGGUUGGUUUUCGUUCAGACGUAUAUUAAAACUCGACGCUAAGCGAAAAAUGAAAAACAAUGGGAAACAGUUACAGAACAAUUCGAUAGACAUCGAAAAACCUCAGCAGACUUCAGCAGACCACACAUUUCAAUUGCCGAAGCACAUGAUCAGAGAUUCGGUUAAAGAAUACUCGGAAGAAGACUAUGAUUUAAGCUGUUUGUUCAGAAAGCGACACGGGCAAAAGUUUUUAAGAGCACCGAAAAUAAUGUACGCACACGUGUUCAAGUACUCAAAGAAAAAAAAUCCCGCUCGUCCGAAUAAUAAUUAUUUACAAGCGAUUUACCGUUGCAAUAAAGGAAACAUCUUCGAAAAUCCUUCGCAAAACCGGCUCUAUUGCAGUAACGGGCAUUGGGUCGGCGUAAAACCAUCAUGCAUACCCAAAACGACACCGAUGACCAUGUAUCAAAUGGAAUGUUACAUCAAGUGUCCACCAGACAAGAAUGUGAGCUUAACCGAAGGCGCGAAAUCUGUGAGUUUUGAAGUGGAACAGCCGACGACGAAUUACGAUUGGGACAGGUUCGGUUCGCUGAGCUCUGGCUGGAGAAAGAACUCGUCGAGACUAUUAGUACCAGGUUUUUACGUAAUCACCUACACAGUUAGAGAUCAAGAAGACGUGGAUAUUGCUUCAUGCAGGACAAACGUACGGGUGACGGACGAUGAAAUACCCACGGUUUACGAUUGCCCUUUGUACUUCGAAGUGGUUGAAGAUUUUACCAAGACCGAGACGGUGCCCGUGUCAUGGCCCGAGCCUCGUUUCUUUGACAACGUUGCAGUGACACAAGUAAUCAAAACGAUGGAACCUGGUCGAUUGUUGGGUCCUGGAAAAUACAACGUUGUAUAUAAAGCAAUGGAUGCGGCGAGAAACGAGGCUUCGUGUGAUUUUACUAUCGAAGUAAAAGAUCGAGCAACAAUUAAUCAGUUGACCUGAGAAACAAAUGAAACAUUAAAUUAAGUCUUGAAAAAUAUGAUACAUGUAUUGUGUGUAUAUUGUGGUCAGACAAUAGCUUAAUUAAACUAUAACUUUUAAUUUUAAGGAUUUUUACAAGAUAU